UGGGGAAUAAUCCAGUUUUGUUGUAAAAGCAAUACCCGCAAUGUCGGCAAAGUUUAACACAACAAUGAAUGGGACUCAGGCAUCAGACUGCUCCAGUCCGGGCAACAUCACGACAGAAAAAAACGGAAAAACGUUUGCUUACUGCUUGAUUAUUGUCGUUUCACUAACCGGGAAUUCCUUGAUCGGAAUUAUUAUCUACAAGAAGAAAACCAUGCGAAGGAAAAUCAACUACUUCAUCCUAAACAUGGCCUUGUCCGAUAUUCUGCUUUCAAUCUUUGUUCUCCCGAUGGACUUCGUCGAGUUGUCACUCGUUAUUAGCGACGGUCUGCUCGGCCAAACCCUGUGUAAGGUGGUUCCCUUUUUAAAAUAUCUAUCUUGUGUGGUGUCUGUUGAGAGCCUGCUUCUGAUAGCAGUGGAUCGAUUUGGAGCUGUGGUAUUCCCGCUUCGUCGUCCGUUCAUCAGUUGUAAGAUCUGCCCCUUCCUAAUUCUCGCCACUUGGAUUUUUGGAGUAAUUGUUCUCUGUCCAUACCUAAUCGCCUUCAAACUCGUUGAACACGAAGGGAAAUGGACAUGUGUCCUACGAUUCACCGAAAACUUUCUUAAAGAAAAACAUCUUCAAGCUUUCUCGUUGCUUUUCCUUGCUCUCUCUUUCGCCCUGAUGACUAUACUCUACGGUAUAAUCUUAUUCAAGCUCAAGUUGGAGAAGAUUCCAGGUGAGCAAUCGGCCAUCGCUAAGCAGCAACGCUUGAAAAGGCACAACAAAGUUCUGAAGAUGGUGAUAGCUAUUGUUUCAGGGUUCUUUUUAUGCUGGGGUCCAGUGACUGUUUUAACCUUUCUGACUGUCUUUUCAUGGGACAACACCACUAGAUUGUCGUGUGGCGUCUUACAAUACAGCUUUAUAGCCAAAGUUAUGGCUCACGCUAACUCUGCUCUUAACCCCUGUAUCUGUUUCACCUUCGGUGGAAAUUUUCGUGACGGCCUGAAAAGCUUCAUUGGCUGCCAUAGAACAUUGCAGGAUUAAACUCUACGUUGACAAAACACGCAAUAUGAUUCUAAUCAUUUUGUAC